AUGGAUCGUAGUUGGAUGAGAGCUAAUCGAUUAAGUGCUGAGUACGAACAUGGAGUGAUGGAAUUUCUACAGUUUGCUGAAAGUAAUGCUAAAAAAGAUCUUCCUCCUCCUAAAAGUAAUGCUGAAGAUAGUCACCCUACGCUUUUUCUCUGUCCAUGUGUUCGUUGUGCAAAUAAAGAACCAAAGCUUAGUAAGAAAGAAAUCAUGAAUCAUCUAAUUUGUAAAGGUAUUUGUCAAAGUUAUACACAAUGGAUAUGGCACGGUGAAGUGGUAGUAAAUUCAUAUGUGUCCCAAAGAGAUAAUGUUAGUGUAGAAAUGGAUGAUCGUCUAGAAGACAUGAUGUGUGAUAUUAGACAAGAUUCGUUUAAGAGGGCACAUGCGUAUGAUAAUUUAUGCAAUGACAAGGAUACACCUUUGUACCCAGGAUGCACAAAUUUUACACGUUUGUCAGCCGUGUUAAAAUUGUUUAAUCUGAAGGCAAUUAACGGGUGGAUUGACAAAAGUUUUACCGAAUUGCUUGAAUUGUUGACACAAAUGCUUCCAGAAGGUAACUGCAAGGCGUCACGCUACAAAAAGAGACAUGGUGAAUCUAGUGAUGAUGAUGAGGUCAAAAAGGGUCCUCCCGCGAAAGUGGUAUGGUACCUACUAAUAAUUUCAAGGUUCAAGAGAUUAUUGUCUAAUUCAAACGACACAAAUAAUCUUAGAUGGCAUGCAGAAGAAAGAAAAUGUGAUGGAAAAAUCCGCCAUGUAGGUGAUUCUUUACAAUGGAAGAAAAUAGAUUCUUUAUUUCCAAAUUUUGGCAAAGAGUCGAGAAACCUUAGACUUGGACUUUCUACUGAUGGAAUGAAUCCGUUUGGUAAUCUAAAUACUAACCAUACUUCUUGGCCUGUUCUUCUGAUGAUUUACAACCUAUCUCCUAGGUUGUGCAUGAAGCAUAAAUAUCUGAUGUUAUCCAUGAUGAUUUCGGGCCCAAAACAACCAGAAAAUGACAUAGAUGUUUAUCUAAGUCCACUGAUCGAUGAUUUAAAAGUGUUGUGGGAGGAAGGGGUUGAUGUUUUCGAUGCGCAUUCUGGUGAACAGUUCAAUAUGUGUGCCAUGUUAUUUUGCACCAUCAACGAUUUUCCGACAUAUGGCAAUUUGUCUGGGUAUAAAGUUAAAGGGCAUAAAGCGUGUUCUAUAUGUGAAAAAGACACAUGUUACCAUCAGCUUGAAAAAGGAAAGAAGACUGGUAUUACUGCUGUUUUUGGAAAGUACCAAAAGCGGCCUAUUGUGAAUAAUAUAUGGAAAAAGAGGUUGGUUUUCUUCGAUCUUCCAUAUUGGUCUAGUCUUGAGGUAAGACAUUGUAUUGAUGUGAUGCACGUGGAGAAAAAUGUAUGUGAUAGUGUAAUCGGAACACUUCUCAACAUUCAAGGCAAGACAAAGGAUGGUAUUAAUGCUCGUCUAGAUUUGGGUGUGAUGGGUAUACGAGAAGAGCUAACUCCACAAUAUAUAGGUAACAAGACGUAUUUGCCUCCUGCCUGCUACACUUUGUCGAAAAAAGAGAAAACAAGUUUUUGUGAGUGUUUAGAAAGUAUCAAAGUGCCGCAUGGUUACUCAUCAAAUGUCAAGAGGUUUGUAUCGGUUAAAGAUCUCAAAUUAGUUGGCUUAAAAUCUCAUGACUGUCAUGUCUUAAUGCAACAACUACUAACAGUGGCUAUUCGUGGGAUAUUGCCUAACAAUGUUAGGAAGACUAUAACUAGGUUGUGCCUGUUUUUCAAUGCAAUUUGUUGCAAAGCCAUUAAUCCAUUAAAGUUAGAAGAUUUGGAAAAUGAGGCUGCAGUUAUCUUGUGCCAAUUAGAGAUGUUUUUUCCUCCUUCAUUUUUUGACAUUAUGGUUCACUUGAUUGUUCAUCUAGUAAGGGAGAUUAGAUUAUGUGGUCCAAUUUUUUUACGGUGGAUGUAUCCAAUAGAGCGAUACAUGAAGAUCCUAAAAGGGUAUACCAAGAACCCACACCGUCCGGAAGCAUCGAUUAUUGAGAGGUAUAUUGCAGAAGAAGCAAUUGAGUUUUGUUCUAACUAUUUGUCGGAAGUGAAUGCUGUAGGGGUUCCCAAGUCUCGUCAUGAUGGAAGAUGUGAGGGUGUGGGUACACAAGGUUUAAAGAUCAAGAGCUUAAGUAUUGAUGUGGUUGUUCAAGCGCAUUUGUAUAUAUUGAAUAACACGGAUGAAGUUCAACCUUACUUAUUUGCUCACAAAAGCAUCAUAAAGAAAAAGUACCCCAAGAUGAGUGAAAGAGAGUUGUUAAAAGAGCAUAAUAAGAGUUUCUCUGAGUGGUUUAAAGAAAAAAUUGCUGGUGAUGAUAGUGCUUCAAAAACAAUUAAGUGGUUGUCCUAUGAUCCUAAAUGUAACAUAAUAACUUGGAGUGGAUAUGAUAUUAAUAAAACUUCCUUUUAUACAAAGGCAAAGGAUGACCGUAGUACCACACAAAAUAGUGGGGUUAUGAUUGUGGCCGAGUCCAUGCACUUCUCUAGUGCUAAAGUCUAA